AUGGCUCUACUUCAAAUUUUCCCUUGUAUUUUCAUCACUUUCAUCACAUAUUUUAUCGCUAUACCUAUCAUUCAGAUAUCAAUUUCUCCAUUGCGUAAAGUCCCCGGACCCUUUUUCGCCCAAUUCACGAGACUCUGGGAAUGGCAUGCAACUGAAAAGUACGAUUUUGCCUCACUAAACAUCGCUCUGCACAAGAAAUAUGGGCCCAUCGUUCGUCUUGGACCUAAUCGCUAUAGCGUCAACGAUGCCGAAGCAACCAGGAUCCUUCUCGGCCACACCAACGCCCUAGAUAAAUCACGAUACUACAUUCCUUUUGGCUCACCUACGAGCCCUAAUAUAUUCACUGAACCAAGAAUCUCGGCUCAUAAGAUCCUCCGUCGUCCGAUUACCGCACUCUACUCAACCACUAGCUUGCUCUCCUAUGAAUGUUUUGUGGAUACAUGCAACAAAAUUCUGGUCAACCGCCUCCGCGAAUACGCGCUCAACGACAAAGAGCUAGAUAUGCGACAGAUGAUGCAAUUCUACGCUUUCGACGUGAUUGGAGAAAUCACUGCAGGAUCCCGUUUUGGAUUCAUGGAAGAUGAUGGCGACAAGAAUAACAUGAUCGCUCCUAUUGACGAAACGGUUAAGAAGGGGGCACUGCUUGGACUCGUACCCGAAGUGAUCUACCCGAUUCUAUAUAUCGCUGGCAUCUUCAAAAUAAAACCAGCAUUCCAGAAGGUCAUUGAUUUUGCGGUCCUACAGAUACAUAAGCGUACUUCGGGACACACAAAAUCGAGAGAUGAUCGCCAGGAUUUCGUCGACAAGUUAUUGCCGCUUGAACUGGAGGGAAGAAUCACCAGGAUGAACACUGUCGAUGCCUGUGGUAGUAACAUCGGAGCUGGUUCAGACACGACUGCUAUCUCCCUUACCGCUACCUUUGCGUACCUAGCCAUGAACCCUAAGGCGUGUGCUAAACUACGGGACGAACUCGACAAAGCCACGAGCAAUGGAAUGCUUUCGGAUCCAGUAACUUUUCAGGAAGCACAAAGAUUGCCCUAUCUUCACGCUGUCAUCUAUGAAUCUCUCCGCAUACAUUCCGCUGUUGGUGCGCCAUUGACUCGUGUUAUUGGUAAAGAAGGUGCUACUCUCGUGGGUCAAUACUUCCCUCCUGGAACUGAAGUCGGCGUCAAUCCUUGGGUCGCACACUACAACACUGAAGUCUUCGGUCCUGAUGCAGCGAAAUUUGUGCCUGAACGCUGGUUGACCGAUGAUGCUGAGAAGCUGUCUAACAUGAAUCGCAACUUUUUAGCCUUUGGCGCAGGACCGAGGACAUGUCUAGGGAAAAACAUCUCUUUAUUAGAGAUGUUUAAAGUGGUGCCGCAGGUUAUGAGAAAUUUUGACUUUGAGAUUGUGGCAGAUAAACGAACAGCGAAAGGAUAUGCUUGGAAGACUUACUGGUUUACAAAGCAAGAUUGUAAGUGUCGUGUUGUAGAGCGAAGGGUGUAG